AUGCCCGACGUCUUCCUCAAGGCCGACAUGAGGGAGCUGUUGGCCAACAAAAAGGUCGCUCUGCUCGGCUGUUCGAACGUGCGGGCCAUGUACAAGGACCUGGUAUGCCUGUGGCAGGUGGACCAGCUGGUGUCUAACAAGCGUCUCCGCUGCAAAAUGGAGGAGAGCCACAUGGGGGACGUGCUCGUCUGCCACGGCAAGCAACACAACGGGCGGGAUUACCGCGAAGAGCGGCUCUUCCGCACCCGCAAUGGGAGCAUCAGCUUCUUCUUCCUGACGCGUGUGUGGAGCGACUACGUCCGCAGCAUCCUGGCGAGGCUGGCCGACGACGCUCCAGACGUGGUGGCCAUUAGCUCCUGCCUCUGGGACAUCACUCGGUGGGGUCCCGACGGGGUGCAGCAGUACAAGGCGAACCUGGAGAGUCUAUUUGGGGCCCUGCGAGAAGCCCUGCCACCUUCCUGCCUGCUCGUGUGGCUCACAGCACCGCCACUGUCCCAGGACGUGCGGGGAGGCUUCCUCAUCCCACAGCUCGAGUUCCUCAAGUACUCGCUCCGGUUUCAUGUCCUGGAGGCCAACCUCUUCUGUCGCGGGGUGGCGGACCGCUUCAUGGUGGACACGCUGGACCUGCACUUCCACCUGAGGCUGCUGCUGGACCUGCGGGCGGACGACGGCAUCCACUGGCUGCCCAUGGCCGUGCGCCUGUGCACCAACCUCUUGCUGGGCCACAUCGCCCUCUCCUGGGGAAAGCCGAUGCCCAACAGGUGUGGAUUCCUCAGCGAGCAGGAGCGCCGAGCAGCGGCCCCAGGGAACGUCCCCGACCCAGAUCGCUCCCUGCCCGCAGACCUCUCCUUCGUUUGGAAGUAUCAAAACAUAAUGCGAGCGAAAGAGUUCAUAACAAUAUGA